CUAUAUAUUUCACGGGAGCACGAGACUCGGAGCACUCCACGCGUUUUUCACGACGUGUUCGUCACAAACCUGCGGAAACCGCAGCCGAUCGGUUUCUCUCUUAAGAACGAGUCCUCAGCAUCCGUUGGUAUCAAGCAUUAUUUAAACGUCGUGGCGUAAUGGCACUUUCCGGUUCAUCGAUCGUGAUCGUUUUCAUUGGCGUGGCCGCUUAUGCGGCGGCUGGACCUGUUCAGGCUGGACCGAACACACUGCAACAGAAUGAAUAUGGAGGAUUGGCAGAUCUCUUGGCAAGAUACUGGGAGGAUCGAAGAACAAUCCAGGACGCAAAUCGAAACUUGGAUCAAAUUGGUAGCGGACAUCUUGUCAGGAAUACGGACAAGCAAUUCAAAGGUUUAUUAAACGAAGAAGAGAGUGGCCUAACUCAAUAUUUAAAUUCUGCCGGUGACAAGCAAAUAUUCGAUACAAUUCAUCAAGAGGGACUUGCUAAUCAAUUUCGUAAUGAAAAUCUCAUUAAUUCUUCGAUCAACUCCCUAGCGUUCGCAGAUACAAUAAGUCAUCCAUACAGUUCCGGUCAAGCAAAUAAUCAGUUAUUUAUGGAUCAACUUGUCAAACGUGAUGUUCCAAACGCGCGAGAGGCUAUUAAACGAAUCGUUAAAAAUUUAGAUCAGAUCGGUGGUGGCCAUCUCGUGAGAACCUUAGAUCAAACCAAUGACGGGUAUUUGAUCAGAAAUCUAGAUCAAAUCGGCGGUGGACAUUUGGUUAGAAAUCUAGAUCAUAUCGGCGGUGGGCAUCUAGUCAGAAAUCUGGAUCAGAUUGGCGGUGGGCAUCUGGUCAGAAAUCUGGAUCAGAUUGGCGGUGGGCAUCUGGUCAGAAAUCUAGAUCAUAUUGGCGGUGGGCAUCUGGUGAGGAAUCUAGAUCAGAUUGGCGGUGGACAUUUAUUGAGAAAUUUAGAUCAGAUUGGCGGCGGAAAUUUGAUUAGAAGCCUCAUUUAUCCGAAUACAGAGACGAAACAUCGUGUUGAUCAAUCGGAAAGCACCUCUGAUAAGCUACACUUCACGCGAAAUUUGGACCAGAUUGGAGGAGGGAAUCUCUUGAGAAAUUUAGAAAUUGGAGGUGGAAAUCUUGUGCGAAAUUUGGAUCAGAUCGGUGGUGGAAAUCUUGUGAGAAGCUUGAAAUGUAUGGGCAACCACAAGAUAAACGGUGUUGGCGGAGGCCAUCUGUUGCGACAAGAACGUCGAGGGUUGGAUUCGUUAUCUGGAGCCACCUUUGGUGAAAGCAAGAGGUUUAUACCUUUCAGACGACCCAACAUGAUGAACGUACGGCCUAUCAAUUUCGAUGAGAGCGACCAAUCGGGAUUUGAUCGUUUCUCAAAAAGGAACAUCGACGAAAUUGAUACUGCAUUCGACAGUUUCUUCAAACGGAACUUUGAUGAGAUUGAUCGAGCUAGUUGGGAUGGAUUCGUCAAGAGGUUCAAUAAUUAUCUGACAGACAGGCAGCGACGUUAAUUGCACAGAAUAGAAGGAGUGAGAAUAGCGAGAUAAAGGGCAUGAAAAGGGCGAAGGGCAAAGAGAAGCGCAGCGAGAAACAUCGCAAAAUACACGAAUUGCAUACAUUUGUUCUAUUUACGAAAAAAAACUUUAAUCUACGUAAAAAUAUUUCAAAAAAUAUUUGACACAAAUUAUAAUUAUCUUUCUGCCAUUACUGUUCCCUGACUCCAAAUUAAAAACCAAACUUAUUACGUCAAAUUUUUAUUACAUCGCGCAAUCGUUAUAUUAUUUUUUAAGCAAAAUUGUAAAUCAUUUUUUGACUAAAUUAUUUAACAUCUUUACUUUUUUCGAUACACAGAAAACUUUUAAAUAUAUCUCUUUCAAAUUCUAAGGAAUAAACUAAGAAAGAAAGUAAUUGUAAUUAAAAAUAAUUGUUUCACUCGUAACAUUAUAUAAGUAUUUAAUAUAAAAAAACUGCAGAAUUUUUGUUUGGAAAUGGAAAGAAACUAUCUCGCGUAUUAAUUACAUUUAAGGUAGAUUUUUUUAAUAAAAAUUUUUAGCUAUAACAUUUCUUUUAAUAUUUAAUGGCAAAAAUUAAACAUUUGCAUUUCUAUAAAAAAAAAAAUUUGGUACAAUAAUAUAAUUUGUGGCAGGCAAAAUUUGUUAGUUCAUCCUGGUAUAAAUUAAACAAAAUUUAGGAAUACACAAAAAUUACUUCUGCUUGAUUGAGCCAUUAAAAUUAUUUAAUUUGAUUAAAAGAUUCUCUGGAUAAAGAUAUCUAGAAUAAUAAAAAACAAAUUAAUUAUUAUUUACUUUAAAGUACAGUUCUUAAAUAAAGUAAAUUUAAUUUUUAAAGAAGCUCUUACUCUCGCUAUGUCUUCAACGAUUUUUCAAAACACGCUGUAUCAUAAAAAUAAUUAACUACAUCUAAAUAUGAACGGCGUAUAUACAUUUGUUAAUGUGUAAUUGUAUAUAUUAACUCAGCUCAGUGUGUGAAUCUCAGAAUUAUGGUGCAAAAUUGAAUAUUCAAUACAACUAAAUCUUAGGAAGGAAGUGACAAGUACAAACAUUAUGGUGUGUCGUUCCUCUUUAAUUAAAUGAUAGAGUUUCUAUUGAGCAAAAUACUCAAAUAUAUCUUUAUGUCCAAAGCAAAAUCUGGCAAAGAUAUUUCUCUUCUCUUUGUAACUCAUAAAUGAUUUAAAAUUUUCGUCUCAUUGACGAAAUUUGGUCGAUCAGAAAUCCAAUAAAUUGUAUCACGGUUUGUUCUCUCUACUCGUGUGUGCUAUCAUUAUACAAAAGUGUACUGUCUAAAUAAAAGGAACAAUAAUAAAUCGCUG